AUGUUUCGUCGUCUCCUUCUUCUUCGUCCUACUCAACAAACAUCUGUGGCAUCUUCCACCAUAAUCAGGUGUCGCUUUGCUACGACAUGUCAAAUCCGUACUCUUACUACAAAACAUAAAAAGAAACAGUCAAGUGUCCUAGUCUAUGCUGCUGCAGGUAUUGCAGCUGUAAGUAGCUUUGCUCUUAGUAAUUUAGUCAAUGCCCAUGAAAAGCCUUUGGAUCUUGAUGCAAUCAAGAAAGAUAUUAUUGAGCUCUUUGAUCAAGAUAUUUAUAUGGGUCCAACACUUGUACGUCUUGCAUGGCACUCGAGUGGCACAUUUGAUAAACGUGAUGGAUCCGGUGGCUCAACGGGUGGAACGAUUCGAUUUGAGCCAGAGAUCCAUUACGGUGCCAAUGCUGGUUUAUACUUGGCAAUCAAUGCAUUGGAAAAAGUCAAGAAGAAUCAUCCAGAGAUCACGUAUGCUGAUCUAUACGUCCUUGCAGGUGUGACAAUGAUUCAAGAGAUGGGUGGACCUAACAUUCCCUUUCGUUUUGGUCGUCCUGAUGCCAAAAAUGGUCACGAACCUACACAAACACCUGAUGACCGAUUGCCUCAUGCUGAUAAAGGCAGCAAGGAAAAGACGACGCAGCACGUGCGCGAUGUCUUUUACCGCAUGGGUUUUAAUGAUCGUGAUAUUGUUGCACUAGUUGGUGCUCAUGCUAUUGGUCGGUGCUAUCCUACGCGCAGUGGCUACAGCGGCCCAUGGACAAAUGCUGAAUGGACAUUCUCGAACGAAUAUUUUCGUGAAUUGAUUGAAAACAAGUGGACAAUUAAGAAAUGGGACGGUCCUAUGCAGUACGAAGAUCCAACGGGCAAACUCAUGAUGCUGCCGUCUGACAUGGCGCUGAUUCAGGACCCUAAAUUCAAACAGUACGUUGAAAUGUAUGCAAAGGAUGAAGAGCUGUGGUUUCAAGACUUUACAAAGGCUUUUGUAAAACUCACGGAGAACGGCGUCAAGUUUGAGGAGACGUCGGGCUGGCGUAAGUUCUUUGGCUUCAAGUAA